AGAGCCGCACUGCCAUUGUCCGAAGAUCUCCUAUAAAAGUCUUGGCCCACAGGUCUUGGCUCACAGAGUUCCAUCUGCCUCCUGAGAAGCUGGAACAGCGCUUGAAAGACAAAUCGAAAAUAGCAAAAAUGAAUUCUAUUGGAUUUACUUUGUUUCUGGCCAUGGCCUUCGUGGGAUCGGUGAUGCCGUUGAGUAACACCUACCUGCCGCCCAAGGUUGGCGCCCAGAGCGGCUACAGUGCGGCGGCCAGCAGCUCCUCCGGUUCCUAUGCCUCGGCUCCGGCUGCCACUUAUGCUCGGAGAGCUCCUGCUGUCACUUACUCCGCUCCGGCGGCCUCCCAUGGAUCUUACUCCUCGGGCGGAUCGUCCCAUGGAUCCUACUCGGCUCCGGUUGCUUCCUACUCCUCGGGAUCUGCUUCUCAUGGCUCCUAUUCCUCGGGCGGUGCUUCCCACGGAUCUUACUCGGCUCCUGCUGCCUCCCUGGGAUCCUACUCCUCUGGCUCCGCUUCCCAUGGAUCUUAUGCCGCUCCUGUGGCCUCGUACUCCUCGGGAUCUUCCUACUCUGCUCCAGCUGCCUCGCAUAGAAGCUACUCUGCUCCCGUGGCUGCUCCUUCCAGGCAGUACCUGGCACCUGCCAAGAGCUAUGCCGCACCAGCUGCCUCCUAUUCCAGUGGAGCAUCGUCUGGUUCCUCCUACUCCCUUUCCGGUGGAUCCAGUGGCUCAUAUUCGGCUCCAGCUGCCUCACAUAGAAGUUAUUCCGCUCCAGUGGCUGCUCCCUCCAGGCAGUAUCUUGCUCCGGCCGCCUCCCAUAAAGGAUAUAGCACUGGAGGAUCUUCCUACGCCGCUCCUGCUACUGCAUACUCGGCUCCUGCUGCCACCUACUCCGCUCCCGUCUCCACCUACUCGGCUCCAGCUGCCUCCUACUCCUCAUCUGGCGCCUCCUACUCCGCGCCAGCCGCCUCUUACUCCUCCUAUUCAGCUGCUCCCAGGAAGACCUACUCCGCUCCAGCAGUUUCUCACGUCAGCUACUCCGGCUCUAGCCACGGCUCUGGUUACGGCCAUGGCUCCGGCUCAGGUCACCUCCAAGGAUCCGGUCUCCGCGGUGGACACAAGUCCGGAAGCUACGCCCCCAACGGUGGCUACGAGUACCGUCUGAAACACUAAGAGCACCUCUACAAGACAGAGUUCAAAUCGAUAUUUUAUACGAAAAAUCUUUUUUUUUUUAUAUUAAUUGAAAUAAAAUUAAAUAAAUAAAAAAUUAAAAGUGUUUUUAAAAAUAAUAGAAGAAGAAAGCCUCAGCAAGUUAAAAGAGAAGAAGCUGGAUUUCCCUUCUUUCCAAGAUCCAAUGUAUUAAAAUAAAAAAUUAAAAAUAUAGAGUAACCACAUAAUAUUUAAAUUGAAAUAAAAUAAAAAGAAUAAGUUAGAGCAUCUCUACAAGACCGAGUUCAAAUCGAUAUUUUAUACGAAAAAUCUUUUUUUUUUUAUAUUAAUUGAAAUAAAAUUAAAUAAAUAAAAAAUUAAAAGUGUUUUUAAAAAUAAUAGAAGAAAAAAAACCUCAGCAAGGUAAAAAAGAAGAAGCUGGAUUUCCCUUCUUUCCAAGAUCCAAUGUAUUAAAAUAAAAAAUUAAAAAUAUAGAGUAACCACAUAAUAUUUAAAUUGAAAUAAAUUAAAAAUAAUAGGAAAUAAAUAGGCAGUUGGGGGGUGAACAUGUGGACAUGCGUCAGCAACAGAACCAUUGUACUGAUUACAAAUAAAAGUAAAAAAUAAAUAAAAAAUAUAAUGAGGACUCGAUCACUGCCACAUGCACCAGCACUCUAGAAAGGCCAAAAUAAAAAUAAAUAAAAAAAAUAAAGGCACUCUAUAAUCCACUGCGGUGGUUAUUCACAAAAAAUAAAAUAAAAAUUAUUUAUCCAGAAGCUGGACUG